CGCCCCCCAAACCCUCGCCGCUCAAAUAGAGCGCUCCGGCUCCACCCACCGCCACCUCCUCCAGCUCCACGCCGUCGCUUUCCGCUCCGGCCACCACCUCCACCCAAUCGUCAACCUCAAGCUCCAACGCUCUUACUCCGCCAUCGGCCGCCCCGAUCUCUCCCUCUCCCUCUUCCGCCUCACUCCCGAUCCCAACGUCUUCCUCUGGUCUUCAAUCAUCCAUUCCCACGCCUUCCACGGCCUUCACCACUCCGCCCUCCUCCUCUUCUCCCAAAUGCUCUCCUCUCCAUCCUCCCCUACUCCAAACGCCUUCACCUUUUCCUCCGCCCUCAAGGCCUCCCCCAUCAACCUCGGCCGCGCUCUACACGCCCUCUCCCUCAAGCACUCCCUGCUAUCCGACACCUAUGUCGCCACCUCCCUCCUCGACAUGUAUGCGCGCGGCGCCGAUUUGUCCUCCGCCCAGAAGGUGUUCGACGUGAUGCCCAUGCGUAACAUAGUUUCCUUCACUGCCAUGGUCACUUGUUAUGCAAAAGCUGGUCGGCUGGAACUUGCGUAUAAGGUGUUCGAUGCAAUGCCUGAGAAAGACUGUGCUUGCUGGAACACGUUGAUUGAUGCUUAUACUCAGCAUGGCCGGCCCAAUGAUACAAUAAUGCUUUUCCAGCAAAUGCUGAGGUCUGGCUUGAAGCCCAAUGAGGUGACUUUGGUCUCAGUUCUGGCCUCAGUAGCUCAGCUGGGUUCGUUGUCGACGGGCAAGUGGGUGCAUUCUUAUGCAAAGAACAACAAGAUUACAUUCACUCUGCGUCUUUCCACAGCUUUGGUCGACAUGUACAGUAAAUGCGGGAGCAUUCAAGAAGCUUUCUUGGUUUUUGACAGUAUCCCAAACAAGGAUGUUGUUGCCUGGAACUCCAUGAUUAUAGGCUAUGCAAUGCACGGACAGAGCAGGGAAGCUCUUAGAUUUUUCUCAGAGAUGCAAAAAACUGGAGUUCAGCCCACUGACAUCACAUUCAUUGGCGUCUUAAAUGCUUGUAGCCACGCUGGUCUUGUGACCGAAGGGCGAGAAUUCUUUUCCUCUAUGGUAAAAGAUCACAACAUUGAGCCCAAGAUUGAACACUAUGGAUGUCUGGUUGAUCUUCUUGGCCGCACUGGGUUUGUUGAAGAGGCCUAUGAUCUAGUCACAAGCAUGAAAAUCAAGCCUGAUCCUGUGUUAUGGAGCUCUCUUUUGGCUUCCUGCAAGCUUCACAAGAACAUGAUACUUGGAGAGAAGAUUGCAAACUUCCUACUUGCAAAUGGCCUUGCAAACUCGGGAACUUUCGUGCUUCUGUCGAACAUUUAUGCGGCUUUAGGGAAAUGGGAGGAUGUGGCUGGAAUCAGGAGGUUUAUGAAGAAGGGUGGGAUUCAGAAGGAGCCUGGUUGCAGCUCCAUUGAGGUUGAUAGACAGGUAUAUGAGUUUAUGGUGGGAGAUUUGAGCCAUCCAUUGAGCAAACAGAUAUAUGCAGUGCUGGAAGAAUUCAAUGUGCUGAUUAAAGCUCAAGGCUAUAUUCCUCAGACAGACCUGGUUCUUCAUGAUUUGGAAGAAGCACAGAAGCAGCGAGCGCUCGCAGUGCACAGUGAGAAGCUGGCUGUUGCUUUUGGAUUGAUCAGCACUCCACCUGGGACGACGAUCAGGAUUGUAAAGAACCUUCGAGUUUGCAGUGACUGCCAUACAUUUACAAAGUUCAUUUCUAAGAUUACUGGGAGGAAGAUUGUUGUGAGGGAUAGGAAUAGGUUCCACCAUUUUGAAGAUGGGUCCUGUUCUUGUGGGGAAUUUUGGUGAUUGAAUUCUUUUAGGAGUUGUAACAUUGCCACACCUGUAAUAUUGAGUUGUGUUUUGCAUUAUACUUCAGAUAUUGUUGAAGC